AUGCCGCCUGCGCUCAGCGAUAACGAGUCCUCGGGCGCCGAAGACGUACCCGCAAAGGCAAAGGGAAAGCAACCACUAGUCAAACAAGAUCCAAUCGAUGACGAUGACGACAACGACGACCAAGAUAGUGAUAUUGGAGAGGACGAAUAUGUGGUCGAGGCGAUCUACGGUCAUCGAUUCUACAAAGGUGUGCUCCAAUUUGACGUCAAAUGGGAGGGAUACGAUGACCCCAAAGACCGGACAUGGGAGGCCGAAGACAACAUGGAGGGAGCUGUUGACGUCUUGAACGAGUACUUCUCCAGCAUCGGCGGUCGUCCAGAACCAAAGGGUCAGAAGCGCAAGGGACGGCCGUCUGUCUCGGGUGUCAAAGCCGGAUCAGAAACCCCCACAACAAGCUCUAAGCGUGCGAAACCAGAAAAGGCACUCAAGGUGGAGAAAGCAUGGAGCCCACCACCAGGUUCAUGGGAGCACGAUGUCAGCUAUGUCGAUACAGUCGAGGAAAUGCGCGAUCCCAAGACGGGCGACCUGGCCAAGUUCGUAUACCUUGUAUGGAACAACCAACAAAAGACACAGCAUCCCCUCAAGCACGUCUACCAAAAGUGUCCUCAAAAGAUGCUACAGUACUACGAAAGCCACCUUGUCUUCACACAUACCAGUGACGAACCUCCAAAUGGUAACAAUGAUACCACAGAUGCCAUGGAGACAGACUACUAA